AGGCAAAGCAGCCAGGAAAGACCGAGAAGACCCAGUCCACUUCCUCCUCCGCCUAAAUCGAUUCGAGGCGCAAAUGCAACCAACUAGUCCAGCAGCAGCCAACAAACUAGGAGUACAAACUCCUCCACCGCCCAGACCAAGAUCCGGCUAGCGCUUUACCACACACAUCGGGACGGGGGCGCCGCCACCGCCACCGCCAUGGCCGCCACCACAUCCUCCUCGCUCCACCCCCACCACCGCGCGCGCCUCCGUUCCCGCGCCGGGCCGCUCCUCGCCGUCGUCGUCGUCUCCGUCCUCGCCCUCACCGGGCUCCUCCGCGCCAGCCGCCGGGACGGCGCCGCCGCCGACCUAGCCCCGCUCUCCGCCGCCCGGGCUCGCGAGGCCUCGAACCGCACCAUCGCGCAGCGCAAGAUCCUGCUGGACCCGGCCUUCACCCCGCGCCUGCCGCGCCACAGCGCGCUCUCCCUCUCCCUCGCCAGCCGCAACGCGCUGCCGCCCCGCAACGCCGCCCGCUUCCCGCGCCUCCCCGACGGCCACCUCAAGGUCGUCCUCUACGUCCACAACCGGCCCCGCUACCUCCGCCUCGUCGUCGACAGCCUCUCCCGCGUCGACGGCAUAUCCGAGGCGCUGCUCAUCGUCAGCCACGACGGCUACUUCCCCGAGAUGGACGAGAUCGUGCAGGGCAUCAGCUUCUGCCAGGUCAAGCAGAUCUUCGCGCCCUACUCGCCGCACCUCUUCCCCGACGCCUUCCCCGGCGUCUCGCCCGGUGACUGCCGCGACAAGGACAAGGCCACCGAGAAGAGGUGCCGGGGCGACCCGGACCAGUACGGCAACCACCGCUCCCCCAGAAUCGUGUCGCUCAAGCACCACUGGUGGUGGAUGAUGAACACCGUGUGGGAUGGGUUGGAGGAGACCCGGGACUUCGAUGGUCACAUCCUCUUCAUAGAGGAGGACCACUACAUCUUCCCCAACGCUUACCGGGACGCACAGCUGCUCGUGGAUUUGAAGCCAAAGAAGUGCCCUCAAUGCUAUGCUGUCAAUUUGGCGCCGUCCGAUGUCAAGGCCAGAGGGGAAGGUUGGGAGAGCUUGAUUGCUGAGAAGAUGGGUAACAUUGGCUAUGCUUUCAAUAGAACUGUGUGGAGGAAGAUUCAUGCCAAGGCUAAGCAGUUCUGCACAUUUGAUGAGUACAAUUGGGAUAUAACAAUGUGGGCUACUGUGUAUCCAUCGUUUGGAGCUCCUGUUUACAGUCUGAGGGGACCUAGGAGGAGUGCUGCACAUUUUGGCAAGUGUGGCCUGCACCAAGGCCAAGACUCGAGCAAUGUCUGUGUGGAUAAUGGUGUGGGAGCUGUAGAACUAGAUGCCAUCGAUAAGGUUCCCAACAUCAAAGCAGAUUGGCCAGUUCACAUCAUCAGGAAGCAACAGGGGUAUCAGGCUGGUUUCAAAGGAUGGGGUGGUUGGGGCGAUCGGCGUGAUCAGGAGCUUUGUUUGAGUUUUGCAUACAUGUAUCAUGUUAAAGACCCAUCGCCUACAUGAUGGGGGUAUAGGCACACGAAUUUUGGCAUUCACGAUGCCUCUGUUGUAGUGUUGUUUGGCAUCUGUCGAUUGAUUCAGGCACAGUUUGUGAUAUAAGCAUUCACCUUUUUCUCAAUUUUGUAGAAUAGAUUUUUGUUUUGUCUUAAAGACAUUGCUUGAGAUUUGGGUCAUCCUUCCCAAAGUGUAUGAUUUACUUUAACUCACUGAUAUGGAUAUAGUUUUCUGUUUUAAGAUCA